GAUUUGCAAACAGUCGGGAAGUGUCUGCGAGCUAGUGACAGUCUAAAACUUCUCCAUACUACUAAUAUUUAAAUCUCAAUAUUAUCAUUCUCAAUAGCGUAAGGCAAUUGAUCAGUUAUGACGGACGAAGCGGAAUUAAGUAAACGACUCUUGUGGGUGUUGCGUCAUGGAGCUGUGAAGGAAGGAAUUCCCAUACGUUACAAUGGCUUUGUGCCAGUGCCCGCCAUUCUGAACCACCCGAAAUUUGCUCGAGAUUUAAAUUUUAGAAAACUUAUAGAGAUUGUAGAGAAAGAUGAAAAGAAACGCUAUGAGCUGAGGCAUAAUAACAAAGGCUUUUGGGAGAUACGUGCUGACGAUUUUCACGCAAUGUUCAAUGUAGCAGGUUGGCAUCCUUUCCUUUCCUAUUACAACGCUAAUCCGAUUAAUAAAUACCUUCAAUUUGAACGAAUGUUUAUGCAACGAUUUAAUGCUAUAGCACGUUCACAUGUGUACCUCGAGGCGUAUGUUAACAAUAGUAAUUACUAUGGAAAGAAUAACGUGAAAAAAAUUGAUUUUAAAUGCACCACAAGCUCUAAAAAAGACAGCAAGGACGAAGACAGUUUGAAACAUGAGCAAUUGGAACAUGACAUUAACAGAGCAAACAAGAGCUUAAGGGGCAAAGUUGAGGAUAUCAUUGACUAUAUAGAAUCGGACGAACAGCAGUUAUUGCAAAAGGAAUUACUAAAUGCUCUACAUAACUGUGAACCAGGGCAAGAGCUUUGCUUUAUUUUUAAACAACACAAAAUGAAUGACGAGACCUUAAGUUCAGCUUACAAGCGCAUUGAAGCUUGCCUGAAAGAUGAACUGCGGCCGUUAAUGGGGGUAGAACUACAACCUUUUGGGUCCACUGUAAGUGGCUUAGCUUUAAAGGGCAGUGACAUCGAUUUGCAUAUUAAGCUUCUCAACAACACCCGAACAACCAAGAAUUCCACAAAACAAGCAUUUAAUCGCCUUGAGAUUAUUUUACAACGUAGUAACAACUUCAGUGAAGUUAAUCCGAUACGAAACGCUCGUGUACCGAUUAUAAAAUGUAAGCACAAUCCCACUGGUUUCAGGUUGGACAUAAAUCUAGCAUGUUCCAAUGGUGUUCAUAAUACCAAAUUUAUGCGAGACCUGCUGCAAUUCGACAACAGAAUUCAUGAGUUAAUUCUGUUCCUUGAAAUAUGGGCUAAGCAGUUACAAAUAAUUAGUCGAGGUAAUAUGACCAGUCACUGCCUUAAUACACUGGUAUUAUUUUAUUUACAACAACCACAAUCGAAUCAACCGGCAGUGCUGCCAGCAGUUAAAGAUCUCCAAGAGAAUGUUCCUGAAAAUUUGAUAAUGGGUGUGAAUUAUGCAUAUCAACUUCAAGAAAAAAUAGCUCAGAUACCACAGGAAUUGACCACAUCAAAACUAAUUGAAGGCUUUUUCAUGUUUUAUCGCUGCUUUGAAUUCGAAGAAAUGCUUAUAUCACCAUAUUUGGGAAAAGCGAUACUCCUUGAUAAGUAUAAAAAAGGUCUCUUCAAGUUUCCUGCUUAUGAUACUCAGCGGUGCGCUGUGGCCGCCGCGAGUAACAAAUCUGUAACACCGAUUCAGCUGGCUAAUCGUAGUGUUUGUGUACAAGAUGCGUUUGCUCUAAGCCAUAAUGUUGGCAAAGCGAUAUCCCAACUGCAUUUGGAAUAUUUUCGAAAAUGCCUAAAUCUUGCUUGUGAUGUGUACGAAGAUGUAGCGAUUUCAACAGAUGCUCAACGAUAUGAGGCACUACUUUAUGGCAUUAUUGAAAGGCUGGCUCAAUCUGUCAAUAUAAACUUCGUUUUUCCAAGACAAACUCUGGAAGUUGGAGCAAACCAGAAAAUUUUAAAUUAAGAAUUUACAUAUAAUAUCAAAAUUGCGUUAAAUAUAGUUGAAUUUUAUACGUAGUCGGAAAAUA